GGUGGCGGAGCUCCCCUCCUUUCGGCACAGAAGGGCGCGAGAGCGGGAGGAGGCGUCGCGCGCGCACACCAACCCCACUUGCUUUGGACCCAAGCGCCUGACAACACACGGAGGCGAAGCUGGAGAGAGAGGGGAGCACAGCUGGUGUGGACAACAGAAAUUUUAAGAUACCAUCAGUGCCAGGAAUCAUAUAUCAGCACCAUCUUGCAAUUAAGGCUGAUUUUCUCUCUCUCUGAAUAUUUGAUUUGUUGAGAAUCUAAAUUGGAAGAUUGCUUGGAGGUAUUUUUAUGACCAACAUUUCAUAAGGACAGUUUGGUAUGUAAAAGUCCAGUACGACAUCAUGAUUAACCAGGAGAAAUGGGCUAACCUCAGUCCUUCAGAAUUUUCCCAGCUUCAGAAGUAUGCAGAAUAUUCUACAAAGAAAAUUAAGGAUGUUUUGGAAGAAUUCCAUGGUAAUGGUGUGCUAGCAAAGUACAAUCCUGAAGGGAAGCAAGAUAUUCUCAAACAAACAAUUGACCUAGAAGGUUUCAAGUUAUUUAUGAAAACUUUCCUGGAGGCUGAUCUUCCAGAAGAAUUUUCUGAACAUCUCUUUAUGUCAUUUGGCAACAAAAUGACUCAUAGUAGUCCUGUUGUGAAGAGUAAGCCCCCACUCCUUCCAGGAGGCUUGCGAAUUGCUAAAAGUGUGACAUCCCGACCCACAACUCCUUCAACUUUGCACAUGCCAGACGUGAUCCAGUUGAAAGAUAUAGUUUGUUAUCUUUCCCUUCUUGAAAGAGGAAGACCUGAAGACAAACUAGAAUUUAUGUUUCGCUUGUAUGACACAGAUGGAAAUGGUUUCCUGGACAGCUCGGAGCUGGAAAACAUCAUCACUCAAAUGAUGCAUGUUGCAGAAUAUCUUGAAUGGGAUAUCACUGAACUCAGUCCAAUCCUUCAUGAGAUGAUGGAUGAAAUUGACUAUGACCAUGAUGGCACUGUGUCUUUGGAGGAAUGGAUCCAGGGGGGGAUGACUACUAUCCCUCUUUUAGUAUUGCUUGGAUUGGAGAAUAAUGUGAAGGAUGAUGGGCAGCAUGUGUGGAGACUGAAACACUUCAAUAAGCCUGCCUACUGUAAUCUAUGCUUGAACAUGCUUAUAGGAGUAGGGAAGCAAGGUCUCUCUUGUUCAUUCUGUAAGUAUACAGUCCAUGAACGCUGUGUUGCAAGAGCACCAGCUUCUUGUAUCAAAACAUACGUGAAAUCCAAAAAGAAUGCUGAGGUUCUGCAUCACUUUUGGGUAGAAGGAAAUUGUACAACAAAAUGUGAUAAGUGUCAUAAAACAAUAAAAUGUUACCAAGGGUUGACUGGGUUACACUGCGUCUGGUGUCAGAUCACGUUGCAUAACAAGUGUGCUUCACACCUAAAACCUGAAUGUGAUUGUGGGUCUCUCAAGGAUCAUGUUCUUCCACCCACCUCAAUCUGCCCAGCGGUAUUGACUCUACCUUCUUUAGGAGUCUCGCUUCCUGAGGAACGGCAAGCAACUGUGCAAAAGGAAAGAAGUAGUUCUCAGCAGUCAGACAAACUAGGUGACCGGAAUAAGAUGCAGAGAGCAAAUUCAGUCACUGUGGAUGGACAAGGCCUUCAGAUUACACCCCUUCCAGGUACUCAUCCUCUUCUAAUUUUUGUCAACCCUAAAAGUGGUGGAAAGCAGGGAGAAAGAAUUCAUAGAAGAUUUCAGUAUCUUUUGAAUCCACGUCAAGUUUAUAACCUUGCUGCAAAUGGACCAAUGCCAGGAUUAAAUUUUUUCCGAGAUGUUUCGGAUUUUCGAGUAUUGGCAUGUGGUGGCGAUGGGACUGUGGGUUGGAUUUUGGACUGCAUAGAGAAAGCAAAUUUGAAUAAGCAUCCUCCUGUUGCUAUUCUGCCCCUUGGAACUGGGAAUGACUUAGCCAGGUGUCUGAGAUGGGGAGGAGGAUAUGAAGGUGAGAGCCUACUGAAAAUCUUAAAAGAUAUUGAAAACAGCACAGAAACAUUACUAGACAGGUGGAAAUUUGAAGUCAUACCCAAUGAUAAAGAUGAGAAAGGAGAUCCAGUGCCUUACAGCAUCAUCAAUAAUUAUUUUUCAAUUGGAGUGGAUGCUUCAAUUGCUCACAGAUUUCAUAUCAUGCGAGAAAAACAUCCGGAGAAAUUCAAUAGCAGAAUGAAGAAUAAAUUUUGGUACUUUGAAUUUGGCACUUCUGAAACUUUCUCAGCAACCUGCAAGAAGCUGCAUGAAUCUAUAGAGAUAGAAUGUGAUGGAAUCCAGAUAGAUGUGAGCAACAUUUCUCUGGAAGGGAUUGCCAUUUUGAACAUUCCAAGUAUGCAUGGUGGAUCAAACCUUUGGGGUGAGACCAAGAAAAGGCGAAGCCAUCGUAGGUACGAAAAAAACAGGUCUGAUAAAAGAACCACAGUUACAGAUGCGAAGGAGCUGAAGUUUGCAUGUCAAGAUCUUAGUGAUCAGUUGGUAGAAGUAGUUGGUUUGGAAGGUGCCAUGGAGAUGGGCCAAAUAUACACUGGGCUGAAAAGUGCCGGAAAACGUCUUGCUCAAUGUUCAUCUGUUAUUAUCAGGACCACCAAGGCUCUGCCAAUGCAGGUUGAUGGGGAACCAUGGAUGCAAACACCUUGCACAAUAAAAAUUACCCACAAGAACCAAGCUCCAAUGCUGAUGGGGCCACCACCCAAAACUGGCCUCUUCUCUUCCAUCAUUAGCAGAACACGGAACCGCAGCAAAGAAUAAGCUUCUUUCAUUAAAUCCUUAUAAAAUCAAAUUAAUAGGAAUUUGGAAUAUGUGUGCUGGAAACCUUUCAGUGGGUUUAAAAUGUUCUCUACUAUAUAAUCAUGGAACCUUGAAGAACAGUUUCUGUGACUGGGCUAAAAUAAAAUGAUACUAUUAAAAUAAUUUACAUUUUGCCAGAGUUUUGUAGGCAUUUUGCAUGAAUAAAGCUAAUAUUUACAUACAGUGAUAAAGUAUAUUUUUGUUGCAUGCAUUGUCAUUACUACUUUAUAGGAUAAAGAUAUGCUGCAAAAUGUCAGGGAAAAUGCAGUGCUGCUGGAGAUAUGAUUGUCUUGGAAUGUGACUCUCAAUAUGCUUGCAUCAGAUUGGUCUUUCAGGUGACAUAUUAAACUCAUUGGGUGUCCUCUGAAGAAAGCACUAUGAAAUGUAUGGCAGCUUUGGUUUGAUAUCCUUUUUUCUUAAUGCUGAUGAAUGAAUCAUACUCCACAUUAGUAUUAUCCAGUUGUCCCUUUUCAAAUAGAUCAUGGAAGAUCCCAUCACUGCAACACUGAAUUGUGAAAGACUAAUGUAAUUUAAUUCAUUGAGAAUAAAAGUUAAAAAUGAAAAACACCAUUGGAGUGGGGAUGGGAUUUACUUCCAAGUUAGAACAUCUAAUAGUAAGUAGUCUAUGUUUAACACUGUUGUCACACAUACAACAUAUUUCUGAGGUAGUGGGUCAUUUCACACAAUACAAGAAGCAAUCUUGGAUUUGUCACAAUGUUUCUGCUGAACAUGAAAAUACAUUCAUUCCUGGCCUCUGCUAAGUGUAGAUUUGUAAUAUAUGUGUUUCCACACAAGUGUCACAUUUACAUAUCAGUAUUAUAAGUGUACACAUUAAAACUGCUCAUACAUUUAGAAAUGGACAUCUGAGUGUAAUACAUGAAAACUGCAGUGACAUCACCAGUCUUAGCAACAUUUCAAUCUUCUUGCAAUUUUACAUGGAACACUACAAUGCAGAAAGUGUGCAAAUACGUGACUAAAUCAUAAAGCAUAUUUUCCUACCCCAAAAUAUUUAUGAAGGCUUCAAGGAACUACAUUAAUAUAUACAUACAUAUAGAAUUCUGGAUCAUUAUUUUACUUGUUUCUCAAGUCACUUCUAACAAGAAAAAAGCUAAAUGCCUGCUGAAAAGGGGUGUGAAAAAUCACAAAUUACAAUUUAUAUAUUAUAUGUCCAUCUUUUGUUUAUUUUGUAAUGACUUUUCAUCAAUCAAAGAUAGGGCAUGAUGUUUGCAUGGUAUUUCCUAUAGUUUUGUAUUUAUGUUACAAAAUUUUGUUGUAAUAAUUUAGGGACAAUUUAGGAACUCUUCUUGGGUAUGCUUCCAUACUCACUUGAGAAUUUCUGCAUGCAUAGACACAUUGGAUCAGAAAGAUUCAUUUAUGGCUAUCAUGUGGGUCUCCCUCCUUCCCUCCAUCCAUCCAUCCAUCCAUCCAGAAAGGCAAAGCCAUUCAAGUUGCUGUCUUUCCCUUUGCUUUCUUUUCAAUAUAAUUUUAUUGCAAAUAUAUGACAAAUGAAGAAAGGCACAAGUGUGGAUAUAGAAUGGGGCCAUUCUUAAAAUCUUUUGUCAUCUUUCAUUGCUGUCUAAUAUGAAAUAGGUUUCUGUGAUGUUAAAAAAGAAAAGAGAAAUAAAAAAACUUUUUUUCUAAUCUAAAACAGGAUAGAAAAGUGGAUUUACAGUGUUUUGAAACAAGAGAUAGAAAUGUUCAGAAAUGGAAAAUAGAAAGCCCCAACUAAUGCUUCCUACACUGUCUCUGCAAU